ACAUAGUAAUGUCUCAGUCCAUAAAAAGAUCAAAAAAUGAUACCUUAACGAAAAUAGACAGUGUGGUUGGCCGUUACCAACCCGAAGCACUGCGUCCCGUGUUGUUCGUAUUCUAUACCCUGGAAACGGUGUUUAACAUGUUCUGCAUGGGAUACCACAUAACGGGCUUCAUGACCAUCGACCUGAGUAUAUUCGACUGGCAGGAGCAGGCGAUCCACUACUUCUACCUGGUCACCUUCUACGUUUUUAUGGUGCUGACCCUCUUCCAGAGCGUCAAUAUCUGCACGGGUCACACGCCCACCCUUUACAUGGAGAUCUGGAAGGCGUCGGCGGCAUCCUUCGCCUUCAUCCUGAUAUCCUUGACCUCGAUGUGGGACGCGGAGCGGCAGUUCCAUCUGUUCGUAUCCCUGCCGGAAGUUCACGAUCAUGGUAACACCGACUAUGUAGAGGAUCCACCGGUGCACCCGUUCUUCCACUACCUUCAAGGCCAGUCCAUCUCCUCGUUGGCCUGCGGAACGCUCUACUUGCUCCAUGCCACCAUCAUGAUCGAUGUCAAGCUGACCGCCAAUCUAAAUAGAGGUCAGGAGAAGGGCAGCUACAUGCCCAUCCCACUUUUCGUCUUGGGACGUGUUAUUCACUCGAAGCUUAACCGCUUCGAAUGGUUUAAGGAGUUCUGCGACAACGAGACCAUUCGCAUAUAGGGGCAUUUUUUAGGAAAUAAUGUUAGUGCGCCAGAAAUACUUUAAACUAGCAGAUCCUUGUUUUUUAGACCGUAAAAUUUAACAGUAACCAAUGACCGUUUUUCAAAAUUUCACUAGUUUUUAUUACAAAACAAAUAUAAUUUUUAAAAUAUGCUCUCGGUACAAAAUCAAUGAGCCAGGAAAGUUGCGAAAAAUUUAUAGUUACAUAUUGAUAUCAUAAAGUUAACCUUGAAUCAA